AUGACCACAAACAGCAGAGAAGCCCGACGGAGGAAGAUCAUGGAGCGAGGGGCCGACCGCCUUGCCCUAAUCACGGGUCGGAUCCAAACCCUGCCCUCUUCUUCUUCUUGUUCAGCACCGCCACACCCAGCAACUCACAGUGAAGAUACAGACCCGCCAUCCCAGCGGUCGAUUCCCCCUGAUCAGAUUCCCAAAACCCACGUCCUUGAUCAUAUCCCAGUUUUCACUCCUGAGAUUGAGGAAAAGCGGUCAUCAUCAUCAACGGUUCAGAAUGAAUCACCGACGUCCCAGACCAAAACCCCCGUCCCUGAUCAAAUCCCAGUUUUCACUCCUGAGAUUGAGGAAAUACGGUCAUCAUCAUCAACGGUUCAGGAUGAAUCACCACCAUCAACGGUUCAGAAUGAAUUACCACCAUCAUCAUUGUCGUUUGAGAAACCUAGACUUUUCACUGCAAGUAGAAUUAGUAGCGCCAUUGAAGCAUCAGAAAGGACCCGAAUUUACAUUUCAAUGGCGGUUGCACUCCUCGUGGUUUUUGCCCAUUUUGGUUUUCCUUUACUUGGAAGUAAAAUGGUUAAAACCCUUCUGGGUUUUAGGCCUGUGUACCUGGUCUUGGUAACCAAUGUCACACUUGUGCUGGCACGAAUUUUCGACAGCGGUCCACAAAGACUCUCCAGAGUGCUUGCCGGAUUCGGUGAUUGUCAAAAUCUUAGUGGCACCGAGUAUGAGUGGGCUGAGCGGUUAGGCAUGGCUUUGGGGAUAGGCUUGAAGGGGAAGAAGGUACUUGAUGCUCUGUUUAUGGAUUGUGCUGUGUAUGCAAUAAUUGUUGUAUGUGGCCUCUCUUUUGCACAGCAUUUCAGCUAG